AUCGUGGUGGUUGGAGAAAACAGCGGCAGAUGACAGCAGCACUAGCAGCUUAUUACGACCUGAAGUACUGAGAAGCAGUGCGCUACAAUCGCCUCUUGCCACUCGCAAACAUCGGUAUAGCCUCUUGGGCCUUAGCGAUAUCGUCAACCGAAGAUGUCAAAAAAACAGAUUCACUAUUCUGACAAGUACAACGACGAGCUCUUCGAGUACAGGCAUGUCGUGCUUCCGAAGCAGCUGUCGAAACUGGUGCCUUCGUCCCACCUGAUGACAGAAGAUGAGUGGAGGGGACUGGGAGUGCAACAAAGCCAGGGCUGGAUACACUACAUGAUCCACAAACCAGAGCCACACAUACUGCUUUUCAGAAGGCCUCUCCCAAAGGAAUAAAUGGAAACCUGUUAUCAUCUUUGCCCGCUUUGUUUCGUCUUUGGACCAUACUUCAUUCCCUCAUACAUCUCUACAUUUGUUGUAAUGUAAUUGUGUAGAAACCUUAGUUGUAUUGUGCUUUUCUUGUUCUUUCAAAGUCCCUCAAUUUUUUAGAGGUAAUGAGAGGCAAAUAUCUUGAUUCCACUGUGAAUGUUAACCUUAAAAUUAAUAUGGUGAAGAGUUGCCUGUCAAUUGUACACUUAAAUGUUUUUGAAUGUCUUUUGAUUUCCACCAUUCUUUCAUGAUUAUUUACUGAGUCAAACAGGCAUAGGAUUUUAUGUUUUUCUUAAGGUCAUUUUUCCUUGAAGGGGUUUCUGUGUUUGAACAUGUUUAUGUUCUUUAUUCUUAUGUUAUGUACAUAUAUAUAUUAUUUCUAGGUAUUAUAAAUAUUAUUGUCAUGAUUGAUUCUGCAAGUGCUUUGUUGCCGGAUGAACAAAAUAAAAUGCUUUCUUUUAUA